ACACGCGAGGCAGAAAUCAACUCAGACGCUGCUCUCGACUUCAUUCAAUAUUCUCCUCUCUCUUCCCAUCCAAGCACCUCUUAUCUUCCAUGCACAAUGUUUUACCCGCUCAUCAGACGAAACAUUUGUCUCAGCUCCAGUACCCCUUCAGAACCUGUUGUUUUCACCUUGCCCAGCGUGACAACGGUCAGACAAAUGGCACGGCUCUCUGGCUCGGUGCUCAGUGUCUAUCCUUAUACCUUGCCGACAUCUGCGCGAGAAAGUCUGCCACGGCUGCAAAACAGCGACCCAGAGUGAUUGAACUUGGGAGUGGUGUCGGCCUCUCCGCGCUCGCCCUCAGUUCUCUGGGAUGGGAUGUGCUUGCCACGGAUUUACCGGAUGUCAUAUCUGCCGUGCUCUCAGGGAAUAUCGCUCGUAACAUAUCAAAUCUGCCUCUGACUAGUGGCGCUAUCCAAGUCUGUGUUCUCGACUGGACUAUUCCGCCCGACAAAUGGACGUGGGACAACGACUUACACAUAGCAGCUUCUUCGGAAGACCGUAUAGAACUCUCUAGUCUGUCCUCGCGAUGCGAGGAGCGCCUUCGACCUCCAUUCGACAUGAUCAUCUCAGCAGACACCAUGUAUAAUCCUGCACUCGUCGAUCCCUUCUUGCGGACACUACACAACCUCAGUGUCCUAUCUUCAAGCGGAGCGAAACGCGCUCCGCCAGUUUACCUUUGUAUUGAGAGACGAGAUCCAACACUCAUCCAGCAAGCUCUGGCCUCGGCAAAAGAUACAUGGAAUUUUGCCGUAGAACGUAUCUUUCGAAAGAAGGUAGUGAAAGCGAUGGACAAAGGAGGUCUGACAUGGACGCCAGAGGACUGGGAUGGUGUGGAGAUAUGGAAACUGACGUUACGAAAUACAGCGUAGAAUUCUUCAACAUUCAUUACCCUCUAGAUAAUCAAGGUCUUCAAUUAGA